AUGGAGAACGUGGAAUCUACGCCAUGCGAUGCGGCCAUCGAGGUCACCACUCCAGAGGGAGGGAGCAUAGGAGGCGUUCUUUCCGGCACGCUGUCUCUGUUCCGCCCGCCAGAGUCCGGGACGUUCAUUGAGGGCGAACGGUGGGAGAAGCUGAUCCUGGCCAGGACUCAGAGCAUCCGGGGGUGGAAGAACUCCUCCAGUGUCAUCAAGACGAUCCGGGGCGUUGACUUGUGGCAGAAUCGGUUGACGGGGACGGAGCACCUCACACAACUGGCACUCAUCCUGGACGGCGCAGAUGUCAACGAUCAAGGUGGAUGGUACGGCAACGCCUUGCAGGCUGCCUGUGCAGAAGGUCACGAAAGCAUAGUUCAAAUGUUGCUAGACGACGGUGCCAGAGUCAACGCGGCCGGCGGACACUACAACACCGCACUCCAAGCUGCAUGCGCCGAAGGACAUGGACUCUUGGCACGUAAAGUCCUCGACAAAGGAGCUGACAUCGACACAACUGGCGGGCAUUACGGAAGCGCCCUUCAAGCCGCUUCACUCACAGGACGUCGGGAAAUCGUACAACUUCUGCUGGACAAAAACGCCAAUACGAAUGCCGGGGGCGGUUCCUAUGGCAAUCCCCUCGCAGCUGCAUCAUUUGGAGGAUACGCAGGGAUUGUCGAAACGCUGUUGAAGGCGGGAGCCGAGAUCAAUGUGAGAAGUGGUUCUCGCAGCGCUCUCCAAAUAGCGUGUUGGGAAGGGUAUGGAGAUAUUGCGAAGAUUCUCCUUGAAAAGGGGGCAGACAUCAACGCCCACCACGAGUUUUAUGGUGGUCCUCUUCAAGCAGCUUCUUAUAGAGGUAGCAUCGAGAUAGUACGGAUGUUGCUUGACGAAGGAGCCGACGUACAUUCGGCAGCUGGGUGGUUUGGCAACGCCGUGCACGCUGCCAUGGCGGGCUUCCACGCAGAGAUUGGACAUAUCCUGCUCACCCAUGCUAUACGAAAUUGA